UUCACACCCGUCGAUUGCGCGCAAUCCGCGCAGAGAUUUUGCCCAAGAUGGAUGACCGUGUUGAAUUCGACAUUAACGAGUCGCUCAAGUAUUACCUGAGCGAUCCCGCUUCGGUGCCCACGCCGGGUGCUCAUUCGACCUUGGUCGACUGCGAGAACGAUCCGGAAUCGCUCACGAAUUCUCUUAUCAAUAGUGCAUUGAAUCCGAUAGUGGACUCGGUGGCAGAGGAUCCUGAGGCUAUUACGAGAAGUUCCUCGUUUGAUACAUUACAGUUUUUGUUAAAAUCUGUUUCGAUAUUACCCACGCAUGCCUUGAGUAAGGUGUUCGACCUGGUCGUCUCCGCGCUCUCGGCAGAAGCCGACAUAAUCCAAAAUGACCUUGAGAGCGACGAACAAGAUCUUAUCCAACAUCACAAGAGACUAUUGGAGAUGUACGGCUUCCUUCUCCAGUGGACUGUCUCUGCGGUAGAAACGAAAGCUGCAGAGAAACCCGCUGCGGCUCCAGUUGCUAGAGGCAGAGGCGCUGGCAAAAGUGCUAAAUCGAGAACGAGCACAAAGGACGCGGCAUGGGAUCCUUCAACCCAGCUGCAGACAGCUUUGGAUAUCAUGUGCAAAGUCUUGAAGUUGAAGCUUGCCAAGCUAUUCAUGACAACAUCAGAGCGCGACACCUUCGUUAGUCUCUUUACACGGUCUGUUUAUCUCAUACUGGAAAGCGAGGCGCGAGUGAAGAAUACGUCGAUUCGCAUGCACACUUUCAAGGUUUUGUGCAUUGCUGUCAAGCACCAUGGACAUGCCUUUGGCGCGCAAACCUCCAUCAUUCAGAACUUAUCCUACUUUGAACAUCUUUCAGAGCCUAUGGCCGAGUUUCUACAUAUUCUUUCGGAGCAAUACGAUUAUCCUCAACUGGCAGAUGAAGUUCUUCGAGAUUUGAGCAACAAGGAGUUCAACAGCAACGAUAACAGAGGUCCAAAAUCGGUGUCUACCUUUAUGAUCAAACUUUCAGAGCUUGCACCUCGGCUUGUAAACAAACAGAUGACCAUGCUUGUCAAGCAGCUCGACAGCGAAUCGUACACUCUUCGCUGCGCAAUCAUUGAAGUCUGCGGAAACCUCAUUGCGGACCUCAGCAAACAGGUUGAGGAGAACGAGAGCCAUAAGACGCAAAUCAACGCUUUCUUCGAUGUUCUGGAAGAACGCUUCCUUGACGUUAAUCCUUACUGCAGAUGUAGAUGCUUACAAGUAUAUGCCAAGUUGUGCGAUCUGGAAACCAAGUUUCCCAAGCGCCGUCAAACCGCAGCAGAGCUGGCAGCAAGGAGUCUAGAGGACAAGAGUAGCAACGUCCGGAGAAACGCAAUCAAGUUGUUGGGUCGGCUCAUCGCAACUCAUCCCUUCAGCGUUCUUCACGGCGGACAGCUUUCAUACAAAGAGUGGAGCACUAGACUUCAAGCUGUGGAUGCCGAACUCGAUGCACUGAAGCCGCCAUCAGAUACUCCUGGCCUUGCAGAGAAGCCCGCCGCAGGAGACACUACGGUAGAUGACGAGCUCUUGGAUGAUGUCACUAAAAUGGACUUGGACGACGGGCCGGAGGAGCCUAAGGAAGAGCAAAUGACCGAGGAGCAACAAGCAGCAGCUAUGCAAAAAGCGGCGGAGGAAGCAGCCACGUCGGAGCAAAUUGGCAGGUUGAAGCUCACGAAACGAUACUAUGCCGAAGCGCUGCGGUUUAUUGAGGUUUUGCACAAUGCCUCGGAAAUUGUCUGCCAACUACUCUCUGCAAAGAACAAAAGUGAGGUGAUUGAGGCGAUGGAUUUCUUUGUCAUCAUUGAUGCCUACAAGAUCGAGACAGCGCGAGUCGGCAUUCGGCGAAUGCUUCGACUCAUUUGGACCAAAGGCAACAGCGACGAGGGCAAGGGCGUGCAGACUCAUCUUAUCGAAUGUUACAAAGGCUUGUUCUUCGAAGCUCCCGACUCCUUCAGCGCCAACGAUGCCGCCAACUACAUUGCUCGCAACAUGAUCAGUUUGACAUUUGGCGCCACGCCAGCGGAACUGACUUCUCUGGAACAGCUCCUUAGCACGAUGAUGAAGGCUGAACAUAUCUCUGAGCUAGUAAUCACAAAGCUUUGGCAAGUCUACGGCGUCCAGAAGAAGGAAAUCUCACGGAACCAGAGACGUGGAGCGAUUAUCGUUCUUGGCAUGCUUGCUCUGGCAGAUCCGGAUAUUGUUGUCAGAGAGAUGGAAACAAUGCUCAGGAUAGGGCUGGGCCCCCACGGAAGAGCUGAUCUUAGCCUUGCAAAGUACACCUGCGUCGCGCUCAAGAGAAUGAACCCUGGUCCCAAGAAGGCCAAAGAAUCUCCUAUCGCAACUUCCAAGUUGCCCAACGAUCACGCUGUCUUGACAAAGCUUGCUGCUAUCACGGAAGUUACUACAGACAACAAAGAAUGGUUCGGAGUUGCUGAGCAAGCAAUUGGAGCCAUCUAUGCUUUGUCAAAACACCCUGACAACCUUUGUUCAGAUAUUAUUCGACGCAAAACCAAGCAGGUCUUCCACAACCAGACUCAGCAAUAUGAGCAGGAAGAGGCUGCCGCCGCCGCCGAAAAGAGUGGAUUGCUGUCACCGCCUCCAGAGGACACCACAGAAACGCCGGCCACCCAGCAAAAGCCCCAGAGGAGCGCCCUCGGCCUGUCUCAACUCCUUUUCAUUGUUGGACACGUCGCUAUCAAGCAAAUUGUGCAUCUCGAAAUCUGCGAAUUGGACUUUAAACGACGAAAGGCCGAGAAGGAGAAGGCACUCCCGGCGAAUCCAUCUCCGAAGAAGGGCGGAAAUGCAGCAGUGGAUCAAGAUGAAUUAGACCUCAUCGGCGGCACGACAGAGGAUGACUUCACCGAAGCGAUGGCGCAUAUCCGUGAGCGGGAACUGCUCUAUGGCGAGCAUUCUCUGCUCUCAAAUUUUGGUCCUCUCGUCCGGGAGAUCUGCUCCAACAAUAUCAUCUACAAGGAUCGCAAUCUGCAGGCCAACGCUACGCUUUGCAUGGCAAAGCUCAUGUGCGUUUCCUCUGAAUAUUGUGAAGCCAAUCUGCCUCUCCUUAUCACCAUUCUCGAGCGGUCCAAGGAUCCGAUUAUUCGGAGCAACGUUGUCAUCGCACUGGGCGACAUGGCGGUGUGCUUCAAUCAUCUCAUUGAUGAAAACACAGACUUCCUCUACCGACGUCUGAAUGACCAGGAUGCCUCUGUGAAGCGGACAUGUCUAAUGACGCUGACCUUCCUCAUCCUCGCCGGACAAGUCAAGGUCAAGGGCCAGCUGGGUGAGAUGGCCAAGUGCCUCGAGGAUUCAGAUCGCAGAAUCGCCGAUCUGUCGCGCAUGUUCUUCACCGAACUGGCAACCAAGGACAAUGCCGUAUACAACCAUUUCGUGGACAUGUUCUCCUUGCUCAGCGCAGAGAAGAACCUUGAUGACGAGGCGCUCAGGAGGAUUAUCAAGUUUUUGGCUUCAUUCAUUGAAAAGGACAAGCAUGCCAAACAGCUUUCCGAGAAACUCGCUGCCCGCCUCGGUCGUUGCGAGAGCGAGAGACAAUGGAACGACGUUACGUAUGCGCUCUCGUUGCUGCACCACAAAAACGAAGAAAUUCAGAAGACGGUCGAGGCUGGAUUCCGCGUCGUUCAAACGACCGCUUAGUUUGGGACUUGUCGGUGUUAUUCUGGUAUUUUUUUCUGUAGAUUUUCUCCUUUGAAGGAGUUGUACAGGUCAUGUCGACGCUAUCUGAUUUGGGUGAAUUGCCAGGCAAUGUUGUGCUGGUUGUUGAAUGGGUGCAACGGGAACGUUUUCCAUAAUGGUUUUUUGGCGGUUUUGCGGUUUGGCGCUUUAGAAUUUGGCUUGACGAGGAUAUCAU